UUGCACUUUAAGUAAAUAGCUUUCCCCGCCUCACGCCACAGAUCCGUCAGCUGCAAGCCUGAACGUUCACUCUAGCUUCUGGGAUUACACAGGACCUGCAGCCUCAGGACAAGGUUCCCCCCAAGCUGAAGCUAUGAGAAUCCAGAGCCUCGCCCUACUCUCUUUCCUCCUGGCCGCUCAGGUGCUCUUGGUGGAAGACAAAAAGGAAAGAGGCAGGAAGAAGGGGCACAGUCUGGGACGCACACGCCUGGCUAAGGGUGGCUUUCUUACCCCAGACCAAGCAGAGUGUAGAUGGGCCGUGGUGGAGGACAGCAAUGGUGCCAGGCUGAAGGUUGAGUGCACCAGAGUGGAAAACCAGUUCUCCUGUUACUUUGCCGGUAAUCCGCACUCAUGCCCAGAUUUUGCGAACAAAAAGAGGGUCUACUGGAAACAAAUUGGCCGGAACCUAGCGCAGCAGACGAACAUCUGUGAGCGCUCCCAGACUGUCCUGAAGACUAGGCUGUGCGGAAAGAAGUUUCCGGAAGCCUAUUUAAAGAUGAUGAACUCCACUCUGAUCAAAACAAAGGAAUCCACAGAGAAGUUCAUACAGCAAACUGUGAUCACAGAGGCCAAAACAAUGAGCACCACCACUACCCCAAAGCCAGCUAUGGUCAUUGAGACCAAAGAGACCACCCCAGCCAAAGCCCAACAGCAGACCAUGAGCGCCAAUGGUCCCGAGUGUGAGCAGGACCCAGACGUGCAGUACCAGAGGAAACUGGCUGGGGACUACUGUGGCGACUCCUGGGCCUCCUUCUGCCAAUUCUUCCUCACCAUGUUACAGGACAAACCAUGCUAAUGACGUCAAAGAGCAUGGAAACCAUCCCGUCCUAAGGCUUGCUGAGUGCUGUAAAGCUCUUCAAAUUGCCUCUAAGAUAUGAACUUCUGUGCUAUGCGAGUGCAGCACAGUAUUUAAACAGGUUUUGUGAUUUCCUUUUUUUGUGAUUUGGCAUUUUCUCUGUAUUCAUUCCCUUGGAUGUGAGAUUUUCAGAGGCUGUUGACCUCAGCAUAUGUCUCUGAGGCCCAUAACGUUUUGUGAAGAUGAGCACGGAAGGCCUGUCUUUGAGCUGAACUCGCUAAAGUGAUGAUUUCAGUGUAAAUGUACUUUUUGCUAAGUUAACAAAGAUAAUAAAGCACUGGGCAUUUUUCAGCCAUUGUUUGGUUUCUCCAUUUCUGGUUGCAAAUGAACUCAUGGCUCAUUAUAAACAGGC